AUGCCGCCAACUCUUAUACUUAUCCGCCAUGCUCAGGCAGAACAUAAUGCCACCAGCGACUGGUCUAUCCGUGAUCCUCCACUUACCGAGCUGGGCGAACAGCAAUCCCGCGAGCUACACGAGAGUCUGAAAGCGAGCAAGAUCGGCAACGAAGUUGAACUCAUUGUUGUGAGCGCUCAAAGACGGACGCUUCAGACUGCCACUAUUGGACUAGACUGGCUUAUCAAGAAGGGUACAAAAGUUAUACCUGACGCAAACUGGCAAGAAAAUGCCGACAAGCCCUGUGAUACUGGAACACCCAUCGACCAGAUCUCUAAAGAAUUCCCGCAAUACGACUUCUCAGUUGUAGACCCUUCGUUCCCAGAUAAGACAACAGGCGGAGCCAAAAACCCAUACGCCUUUACCGAAAAGGCUAUCCUAGCACGUGGACAGAGAUGUCUCAAGGACCUCUACUCGCGUCCCGAGAAGGUUAUUGCCGUUGUCUCGCAUUCGGGUUUCCUGCGCACGGGUGUGUGCAACCGCAUGUUCUUCAACGCCGACUGGCGUGUCUUUGAGUUUGAUGAAGAUGAGAUGAAGAAGAAUGCUGGAUUCUUCGUGUUGAAGGAGAGUGAGGAGACAGAGAAGAAGGGCGGAGGUAUGGGCAGGAGUGAUAUCGGCGUCUUUGGUAUCGUACCUGGGGACUUCCCGCCGGAGGUUGAGGAGGAGAUUGCUGCGAACAAGGCACAGGUUGACGAUGAGGCUACUAAGCAGAAUCCGAGUGCUUGA